GGAGACGAGGCGGAGCGAUUAGCGAAGGCUUUAAAAAAAAAAAAGAAGGGUAAGAAAUAAGGCGAGGAAAAAUUACCAGCGAAGAGGGAGCGAGGGAUCGAAACCCUAGGCGAGACUGACGGCGAUGGCGGCGGCGCCGCCGGAGUCGUACAUCGGGAGCGUGAUUAGCCUCACGUCCAAGAGUGAGAUCCGGUACGAGGGCGUUCUCUACACCAUCAACACCGCGGAGUCCAGCAUCGGACUCAGGAACGUUCGCUCAUUUGGAACUGAAGGUCGUAAGAAAGAUGGCCAACAGAUUCCUGCCAGUGACAAGAUAUAUGAGUACAUACUCUUUCGAGGAAGUGAUAUAAAGGAUUUGCAAGUCAAAUCCUCUCCACCAGCUCAGCCUGCAAGUUUACACAAUGAUCCUGCAAUUAUUCAGUCACACUAUCCUCAUCCUACCUCGUUGCCUACAAGCUUUCCUUCCGCUGCAAACACGACGGCAGCUGAUUCUACUUCACACAAUGCUCCAUCUGGAAAUCAGAUGCCACCACCAUUUCAAGGGAAUUUGCCCCCAUAUCAACCUGGGGCCAGCUUGCAGUCAUGGAAUUCGUCACCUAUGCCAUCAUCAGCAAAUGGCACCGGCCUUACAAUGCCACCAAUGUACUGGCCGGGGUAUUACGCAGCACCAAGCGGGUUUCCUCAUUUGCAACCGCCACCCUUUCUUCGGCCACCACAUGGUUUGAUGGUUCCACAGUCCCUGCAGGCUCCUGUACAAUAUCCCGGACUUAAUGGAUCGUUACCAGCUGGGUUUCCAAGUAUGCCAGAGCUUCCUUCUUUUCUUCAACCUGGUAAUAGUAAUAGUCUAAGUCAAUCUUCAGGUGUAUCCACAUCAGUGUCAGCGCCUGCUUCAUCGAGUACAUCAGCAAUUGAAUCAUCAGGAAGCCAACUGCCAAAUAAGUUACCAUCCAUUUCUGCUUCGAUGUUCUCUGUGGGUUUAACUCCGCCAUGUGCGAGUCCUUCGAUUUCUACAUUUGAACCCACCAUACCCCUGUCCCAAGGCACACCUUCUCUUGUGAACAGUAAGCCAGUCGCUCUACCAGAAUCCAGCCUGCCAUCUCUAUCCAGUGAUAAGCCUUUGAGUGUACCUGCUUCUAUACCAACCUAUAUACCUUCCUCUCAGCCACCAUCUGCUAAUGUUGCAUCUAAAAUCAAUGCUGCAGAACCAGUUACAUUGGUAACUCCUGGCCAACUUCUGCCAACUACUUCCACUACAGUCAUUUCAUCUCGUGCCUUGCAAACUGCUUCUUCUAUGGUUCCAUCCUCUAAGGAUGCCUCCUCUACAGUUCCAUCCUCUAAUGCAACCUCCUCUGUGGUUCCAUCCUCCCAGGCUACUUCGCCUAUAGUUUCACCCUCACAGGUUGCUUCUUCUUCUGUUCUAUCAUCUCAACUGUUGAAGGUGAGCAGAGAAAAUAAAGAAGCCAAGCAGCGUGAAUGGAAGGCAAAACAACCUGUGGUUACUCAAUUGGAAAAUAAGGAGCCCCUAUUGCCAGGACCAAAGCCUGCACUUCAGAAGCCUGUUGGAGCUUCCUCGUAUGUUCAGUACAACAAUAGAGGCCGAGGAAGAGGCCGCGGAAGAGGAUAUGGGCAAUCACAUCCCAUAACCAAGUUUACAGAGGACUUCGAUUUCAUGGCAAUGAAUGAGAAGUUCAACAAAGAUGAAGUAUGGGGCCAUCUUGGUAAAAACAUGGGACGGUUGAAUGAUGAUCUGAAUGAUUAUGAAGAUGAUGUGCUAGAAGAAGAUGAGAUAUCUCCUAGAAAGCCAGAGGCUAAGCCUGUGUAUGUCAAAGAUGACUUCUUUGAUUCACUCUCGUGCAAUACAAUUGACAAUGGAGGGAGGAACGGCCGAGUUAAAUUUUCCGAGCAGAGAAAAAUAGACACUGAGACGUUUGGUGACUCCGCAAGGCAUCGACCAAUGGGCACAAGGGGAGGGAGGGGUCCCCGUGGUGGUGGUCCUCGUGGCCGUGGCUAUUAUGGUAGAGGGUAUGGAUAUAUGGGUAGGGGACGGGGCUACUCUUACCCACAUCACCAAUCGUGAUAGAACAGAUGGAUUUGCUUUUCAGAGCCUUGAAGCAGAUGAAUGAUAAUGGUGAAGAAACGACAUGUGCACAGUAACCUGAGAUGUAUCGCAAGUAAAAACAAGGCUGUUGGAAGAUGGAAACAUAUACUAAUCCUCCGGCUAUAGCUGAAAAUGCCUUAAUAAUUCGGUGGCCAAGUUGAUAAACUAAGAAUCAGUGUCGUGUCGGGCUGAAGGCAGAUUGGAGUAGAACCUGUAAAAUCCAUAUCUUCUUUCUUGUCAGUGUUGAUGCGUAUUUAUUUCCUUGCGGAGGUAGAUGGGGACAUAGCUAAAUUAUUUUGCAAUUUAGUGGUUACUAUAUGCAGUCUGGUUGUGAUAUUAUUGAAGUCAUAUUGAGCACUGUUGGAUGUUCUUGUUGAGCUUUCUGUAGAGCAUGUCUGGAGGAACAGGUGCUCCUGAUGGUGGUGCCCCAAUUUGAUGUAUGCUAGUCAAGUUGUCCUCAAUAUGCAUGGAGUUUGUGGUUGAAA